AUGGCUAUUCGCGGUAACUCCUAUGCGGAAUUAAUGUCAGAGGUGCUAGACCUCCAGCUCGAGGAUUCUUGGGAAGAGGGUUCAGAUGGAAUGCUUUUGAGUGAUGCAUUGUGGCGAAUACUUAGCGGUUGUCAAGAGAAGCUAGAGACUAACGACCAUAAUAUGGUAUCAGAAUAUGUAUUCGAUCAAAUGACAUCGAUGUUCGUGAAUCUAGGCGAAGGCGAGAACAAUUUAGUCAUCGAUGACCCAAAUAAAUGGAAGACCCUUAUAAGUUUGGACUUGCAAGAUUCGAGCUUCGAACUCACUGGCUUCGCACACAUUUUAUUGCACCUUUCAUAUCUUUCCAUUAUAAACGCUCAGCAAGUAAGCCAAAUUCCUAACCUAAAAGACGGCCUUUGGAGGAUUUUGACGCAAAAACCUGCAGCCUCAGAUGUGGUAGUUCAGGCCACAAGUGAGCUCUACAUACAGAUAUUGGCUGUUGAUUGUAGCCCCAUAGACCUGAUUAAUCUGUAUGGUGAAGUGGAAACGGGAUCAGGAACGGCGCUCAAAAUUCUCAACACAUUAGGAAACUCAUUGUCGGAUAUUGGUUAUCAAAGUCUCCUGUACUUCGAUAAUGCAUACAAAAUAUUUGAAAUACGGCCUGGUAAGACCCAGCUUUGCUUGCAACUUUGGACAGUCUUUAAUCGCGUAACAUCAAAUCGAAUUUUUUCCCUAAACAACAAUAUCUUCGUCGAAAUAAGAGAGUCCAUCUUGUGCAUUUCAGAUGACGAGUUCGUCCUUGCGGUGUUCGAGACCUUUGAAUUCAAUACAGAUGUUUUAUACAACAUCUCAUUGAAUGUAAAUGGAGAUACUUUUUCCCUUUUCGUCGACGGCGUAUUGAUCGAGACUAUGGCCAUCCCAAAUACGCCCUCUUCCGAGCGCAGCAUAAAAAAAUUGGAGCUGGGAUCCAUGAUAUGUUCGUUCAAGGUUUUCAAAUUCUGGGCAUGGUCCGAACCGCUUUUCGAGACUGGUAUCAAAUUAACUUAUCGACUACCCUUUUGGGAUCCUGGAAACUCGGCUAAUGGCACCGGCAGCCGAGGUAAAAUCUCAGACGAAUUUGAUGUGGGUUUAUUACAGGAAGUCUGCGCAUCCAUUGAAACUCCUGGAAUAACGAUGGGCCUCUGCGCACAUCACGCAGAGCAACUGAGAACCACACAUUUACUCAUUCGCUUCGUUCCGUCAGAGGUAAUAGAUGAUUCAUGGCGAUUACACCAAAAGGGCUACGCUUUGGUCAUGGACGAGGACAAUUCUAGCAACAUUGGCAAAAUGUUAUGCUACAAGCGUUCCUCACUACUUUCAUGCUUCGAAACAAUAUGCGUCUCUGAUAUGAUUUUAAGCUUAAUUCGGUGUUCUAGAGACCUUGAUGACCUAUACGGGUACAUCGACCAUUGGCUAAUUUUGAUGCAAUGUACCGGGCUUCGACAUAAUUUUGAAGAGGUAAUAGGGUAUGAAUUUCUCAGUCUUUUCAUUGAAUCUGAAGUACUCUCGAAAUUGAAUACUAAUCUUUCGCUACCCUUCAUGAACAUCAUCUUGAGUUUUUGUGGGUGGAAUUUUGAUGGUUCUGCGGACCCUAUUCUGAGAAACAGGAAGGCAUGUUCUUCAUUUCUACUCAAUUUCAGGUGGUGGGUAGGCAAGAAUGCCUCAUCUUUCGAAGAUCCCUCCAUUGAAAUAAUUUGUUUCUUAUUCUUUCAGCUUCGUGAAGCGCUUGAAAGCUCAAAAUUCGCGGAGUAUAAUUAUAAACAACUUGCCAGCCUACAGAUUUCGAGUAGACUAACAGGAUUUCUUGAUGAAUUCUACUCAAAUUCGCAAAGCAUAAAAACUGUUGAUAGCAUUCGGACUGAGGUUUCAGAUGUCAUGAAACUCAUUAUAAAGAGGUCUUCAAAAGCCGAAGUUUUAUCUCUGUUCAAUUUUGCCUUCUUUGAGGUCAAGAAGGGAUCAGAGCAAAGUGCAGCGUUGACUUUCGGCUCCUUAACUAGCGCUUUGAGUGAAAAUCUCUUGACUGAAGAUGAGGGAUCGACUCACAGUAUAGCUGAAAUCUUUCCUGUUAAGCUCAUUUUAAUGACAAUCGACGUUGCGCACUCAACAAAUGUGAUGUUCAGCGGCUUGAAAUUAUUAAUGGGUUUCCUGGAGUCAGCUUCCAUCUCGCAUUCAAGAUUCGUGAAAAAUAAUGGCUUUCGCAUUUUAUAUGGUAUCAUCAAGGAAACUGACUUCCAAUAUUAUGAUAACCUCAUCAAAAUUCUAUCGGGACCCAAUUUCCCGGCACAUUAUUCGAAAAUGUCUCAAGGUUUUUCUCCAUCAAGUCAGAAGAGUGGAAUCAAGUCAGACAAUCAUUGCAUCAUAAUAGACCUCCUAGAGUGGGCAGUCUUAAAUGAUGUUAAAGCAUAUCCGUUGGAUACAAAUAAGCUGAUUUGUGAAUAUUUGACCGAUCUAAAGGCGCUACAAGAGGAUUCGCCCGGGAAUCUUCUAUUUGACGCUCAGCAUUCAUUGUUUCUCGGAAAACUAUUGGGUCUCUUAAUGACGUUGCGAAAACCCCAAAAUACAAACACAUACGUUCGCGCAUCUGAGGCCUUGGUAGCUAUCCUCACAACUUCAUUAUUGCAUCAUCUAUCGUUCUCGAACCCUAAGAAGUUUGGUGAUCAGAUAUCCAAUCUUUUAAGGGAUAGAGGGAACAAAUCCAAUCGUCAUUAUGUGGAACAAUAUUACUGGAUUUCGCCUUUUGAAAGCGUUCUCGAGCAACUUGAAAGCUUUAUACCGUCGUUUAUGGAACUAUUUGAACAAAGUGAUUUCAUAUUGUCUAAUGUUCUUCAGCUUCUGGAGAUUUUUACCAGCAGUGUAUUUUUCACUGACUUACCAAUUGGCCACUACCUAAAAAGUUACGGAAUCGCAACAGCUUGCAUUGAAUGGUUGACACAUCGGGCAACACCAAGCAAAAAAACCAGCACUGCUAGUGGAAUUUUCUGCAAAAUCAACUACAAGACCAACGUUGCAUUUUUCAGCAGCAUUGUCACCUCCGAUAUUGGUAUUCUAUCUCCAAACAUGAUAAAAUUCGUUGACAUUACUCUGAUACAACAGUCUGCUUUAUUUCAGAUAGGAAAUAAAGAGGCUAUCUUUGACUCAGAGGCCGUGGCUUUCCUUCUCAGCGCUUUAGCCUGGUCUUUGAAAAUCCCAGCGCUUUCUGACUCUCAAACGGCAGUGCUCAACUGUUUGCGCAUCAUCGUUCUGCACCACGAAAACAUUCUCGAUAGCAUUUCAAAUUUCAUUGACCGCAGUAGGAAAGAAACGGUCCUCGGCAGUCUUUUGUUCUCUCUUUCGGCAAGUGAUGAGGACCUUCUAGAACGUUUAAGAUCUAAGGAUACGAGAGGAGCGUUCGAAACUCACGUCAGGAAACACAUAAGAAAAUCAGAGGGCAAUAGCUCUCCCCAUUACAGCUCUAGGCAAGAAUUAGAAACGAAAGAUAAAGAACUUGCCUCGCUAAAGGAGAGAGAGAAUAUCGUUGAGAGACGUUUGGCCGAACUAGACAGCAUGUACAAAAACUUUUGUCGCGAUGGUCAAAGGACAAGUGAAUCGGUCAUAGCUGCCGAGGAAAAAAAGAGACUUUAUUCACUCAAUGACACAGAGGAUGAGUUGGUAGCUUUUUGUCAGCGAUUUGAUGACUUUGAGAGAAGAGUCCAUCAUCGUCGCAGGAUUCAAAAUUCAGACGUAAAUGAGGUACAAUGGACUCUUGAUCCCAUGGAAGAUUCAAAUCGAAUGAGAAAGCGACUCAUUCCAAUUAGUAUUGGUCCGAGCGCCCAGGCCCCACUAUUACCUGAAAACGAUCGGCAUCACAAUCCAGCUCCAGAGGACCAACCUGCAGACCGCCAUAGUGAACGCAAGGCCAGUAGUGCAAUGUCUUUUGAGUUAAUUAACGACUUAGACAUGCUAAACUUAGGAGCGGAAAAUAGUCAAGAUAGGAACCGAAAGGUGCUUAGAAUGCUGCAAAAGGGAGACGUAAUCAAACGUAUCUGGAACUGUAGCAACGUUGUUGGACUUAGUAUCACCGAAGGAGUUUUGAUUUUGGGAGCAAGUUUCGUCUAUUUCCUUUCAGGCUUUUUCUACUCGGUGAAUGAUUCGAAAGUAGUCGAACUUUGCGACGCUGCUUCCACAGAGCGAGAUCCUGCAGUCAAACUGGUAUCGGGCUCCCGCAACAAAGACGAAGGUUCCAGAAGACAUGAGGUUCAAUUUUGGAAAAUAUCUGAGGUAGUUUCCAUACUGAAAAGACCCUUUUUAUUAAGAGAUUCGGCAAUUGAGAUUUCCUUUGAUGAUGGGAAAAGCAGCUUCUACACAUUUCGCGACAAUGGAUGGCGAAAUGACGCCCACCACUGGCUACAAAAGAAAGGAAAACAACCAAAAAACAAGACGAUUUUAUUUGAUGCCUACAAUGAGGUAGCAACGAAAAGUGAGGAUAUCAACAUCAAAAAUGGUCUUUCUGAGUAUAGACUUACCAACAAGGUUGCCAACGUGUUUUCUUAUGGAAACAACUCAUCGCUCUCUUUCAAAGCUUUAAAACUUUGGAGAUCGGGUCAAAUCUCAAACUUUUAUUAUCUGAUAAUGUUGAAUACUCUCGCAGGCCGGACUUUUAAUGAUAUCACACAAUAUCCCAUUUUUCCUUGGGUCAUAGCUGACUAUCACAGUGAAGAGCUCGACCUUGCGAGCCCCAAAACUUUCAGGGAUCUUUCGAAGCCUAUGGGGGCACAGUCCGAGCGCAGGAAGGACCAAUUUGUCGAGCGUUUUGAUGCAUUGAAAGACUUGGGUGAAGCAGAGCCCCCUUUUCAUUAUGGCACUCAUUACUCAUCAGCAAUGGUUGUUUCUUCCUUUAUGAUACGCUUACCGCCUUUUGUUGAUUCGUAUCUGAUAUUGCAGGAUGGUAAAUUCGGCCAUGCAGAUAGACUCUUCAAUUCGAUUGAGCGAACGUGGAGCUCAGCUUCACGAGAGAAUAGCACUGACGUGAGGGAGUUAAUCCCGGAAUUUUUCUAUCUACCUGAAUUCCUUGAGAAUGUGAAUGGUUACAAUUAUGGUAUUUUGCAGAACGGGGAAAGAGUAGACAACGUUAUUUUGCCUCCGUGGGCAAAGAAUGAUCCUAAGCUUUUUGUCACCAAAAAUAGGCAAGCACUUGAAUGUCCUUAUGUCUCUCAACGGCUUCAUCAUUGGAUCGACCUUAUUUUUGGCUUCAAGCAGACAGGCGACGCUGCCGUUGAAGCAGUAAAUGUCUUCAAUAGGUUGAGCUACCCAGGAGCUGUGAACUUGGACAAAAUCGAUGACGAAAAUGAGCGGGUGGCCGUGACUGGUAUCAUUCAUAAUUUUGGUCAGAGCCCAUUGCGAAUUUUUGACCAGCCACACCCAAAGAAGGACCUGCAACAAACACCAUUGUCUUCUUCAACUUGGUCUCUGAGUAAGCUACCUAAAACGCCUUUCGUUCGGGACAUGCACGGAAACGAACGUUUGUCUAACUACGAACAAGUGCGAGUCCCCAACGAGAGCACAGAGCAUUCCCUUGUGAGUUUCAAAGGCUGUUCAAUCUACAUUGAUGAGGUGGAAUUUUUGAAUGCACAUCAGAGUAACAUUACGAGCCUGAAGCAACUAAAAGGCAGGCAGGUAUGCACUGCGGACGAAUUUGGACUUAUCAAAUUAUGGGAAUGGAAUAAAGAGGGCGGUUAUGCUUCUCUGAUUGAGAUCGGACGGCUAGCCGCACAUCUCUGCUCAAUUAAAGAAUUACAUUUUUCCAGCCAAUAUAACAUGUUACUUUCCUUGGAUAGCGCCGGCAACCUGUAUUCAUGGGACACUCUCGCUCCACAAAUACUCCGGUGCUUUUCUAGAGAAGCCUCGCUUUCUGCGUUCAGUGGAACGUCUGCCACCGUGCUUCUUUGUGACAAGUCAAGCAAGGUCACAAUUUGCAAUCUCAAUGGAUCAAUCUACAUCGAGCAGCAGUUUGACACACCUAUCAGUUCUGCGAGCUUCCUAUCUGUUGAUGAUCAAAUUAUUGGCUGGCUCGAAGAAGAAACGAUCGGUCUGGGGUUCACCAAUGGUGAGAUUAAAAUUUUGGCUCUGAGACAAGGGCUAGGCCUUGCAGCAUGGGAGUUACAAGAAGUGAAAGCAUUGUCAACAGAGGUAUCAAAACCAGUCACCCGGCUUUAUAUCGAUGUCGAAGGGCAUCAGACUAAUGAUUUCGAAGAGAAAAGGUGCCAAGUUCUAGCAAACAACAGCGACCAGCUUUUUGUAUGGACACAGAACGAGUAA